AAGCUGCCGAUUUUGCCGCGGAUCCCUUUUAUGAAUGCAUCCGUGGCCUACAAUACCCAUGGACGCCGCCCUAGCAACCGAGAUGCCGGGGGUGUCAGGGAAUGCAUCGAGGGCCGUUUCAUGAACCACGCUGCCACCACUGGCCGCGCAGCCGCUGCCAGAGGACGAGGCCAGGACAGUGCGAAAGAAAUGCUGCAGCAACUUCCCGUCGCGCUGGGCGGAUACCGACCUGGGCACAACGAUACUGCCCCAGGUCCCAAACAGCCGGGCGAGGCCCAAAGGCAGGCGCCACGGGGUCCUUCCCAC